AUGGCUGCCGUCGGAAGCAGGCCGAGGGGCCGGAGGACGCCGAUCACAAAGGCGGACCGCGAACCUCGUGCCUCGACCACUCCUGCCACCGGCGCCGUUGCUAUAUACUCGUCGUCAUAUGAUCCAAACAACCGAGCUCGGAAACAGAGCACCUCAGCAUGGGGUGUCACGAAAGACGACCUGUUCCAUGUCGCCGGGCGAUCGGCUAUACUGUCUCGGAGCAAGAUGUCGACGAGUAUGCGACGCUACUAG